AUGUCUUGCACCGACGACAGCAAGAUCACCGUUAGCGUGGUCGUGCAUGGGUCGGCCGGCGACCCAGACGCCUCGUCGGUGACGUCGGCGCCGGCCGAGCUGGCCUCCUGCCUCUCGCUGACGGAGCCGACGGCGCCGGCGCUCGGCUCGCACGAGUCGCUGAUGCGCCGCUUCCAGCUGGCCGACACGCUGAUCGGCAGGAUUGCCGAGCAGCCGGAGAUCCGCGAGAGCCUGGUGACGAGGCUGCUGGACGUGGAGCUGUUCGUCAUGCAGCCCAUCUACCUCAGCCACCGGUUCCAGGAAUACAGCGGCGAGAAGCUGAUGGUGAUGGACCAGCACGGCAACCCGCUGCUGUUUGCCGUGGAGACGAACCGCUCUGCUGUGCGCCGCGGCUGCUGUUGCUGCUGUGCCGCCCACCGCCGGCCUCUCCAGAUGAUGCUCUACGACCUGGAAGAGCGUCCGGUGGCGCUGUUCCGCCGCCGCCUGGCAUGCGCCACCUGCUGGAGCCCCUGCUGUCUGCAGCGGGCCUACCUCAGGGACGUGAUCCGUACACAGGAGGAGCACCAGGACGCGACAGACGCCGCCCCGUCGGAGCUGUUCUACGGUGUCAUCCGGCAGCGCUGGCACCCGACCCGCGCCGAGUUCGUCUGCAGCGGCAUCCGCGGUGGCGUGGUGCUGCGCGUGCGCGGCCCGCGCCGCGGCUGCUGCGCCACAAACGCCACCAGCAGCUUCCACAUCCUCAGCAUGUACGGGCGCGCGCGCCUGGGCAGCGUCGGGGCCCGCUGGAGGCCGCUCAACGUCGACGUGUUCCGCCGCAGCGACAACUACGGCGUGCAGUUCGACCGCGGCCUGCCGUCGCGCGCCAAGAUCACGCUUCUGGGCGCCGCCAUGCUGCUGGAUUUUCUGUACUUUAACGUGUAGCCGACGGGUGGGGCUGACUGUCGGCGGGGCUGUCCAACAGCACCUCACCGGGAGGCUGUCUUCGAACGGCGUUAUUGGACCGGCUGGCCGGGCCGUGGAGCCGGUGGAACGGGGGUAGCCCACUAGCCGCUAGCGUCAUGGCACAUCAGGCCGUUUGCGACGUACUCGUCUUCGUACAAUGUUUUUUAUGUCCUCGGAUUUCAGCGA